AUGACGGUCAACUAUUCAUCGCACACGAUCUUCCCUACUGCGUCCUCACCGGCGGGCAUGCCACCUGACGGGGGAGGAUUUGCUCCCUCCUCUUUUUUCCGGGAGAAGGACUUCGAUUGGGAGUUUUUGAUGGCUCCGAAGGAUUGCGUAUCCGGAUGGAGGAGCGAGAAAAGUGGAGGGGGAGCAACCAAAAUGGUGAAGAGUGAAGGUGUAGGCUGUGGAUCUGAGCUGCCUCCAUCUCCACCUCCGACUACACCAGUGUAUGAUGACAUUGUUGACCUGCUCCCGGCUGAUCCCUUUGGGAUGGGAUUGUCUGCUGACUCAAAUACUUGGACAGCAGCCAUUGCGGGCUGGAUUGAGGACCUCGCCACCACCGUGGUAGAUCGCUGUGGCUAUUAUGAAUAUGGGGACUACUGCCCCCAUGCUGACAACCUCUUCGACUAUUUCAUAUACAGCAGAUCUGCGAAUUCUGCAGCCAUGGAUGCUGCGACCAGUUUCUUUCCACAUUGUGCUCAAGACUGCAUAGUUGGUUCCCCUCUGUUUUCUUCUGAGACUGUACUCAUCAGACAACCUCCUUUGAACUUUUCCCUCGUGGGAGAGUGUGUGGAGGUGGAGCCUUUGAAGUUUGCUGUUGAAGAGUGUGGGCGGGGAGAGGAUUAUCUGGUUGUUGAUCAUCUUGAUUCAGAGAAUUGCUCCUGCAGUGGCCCUUAUAGUGAUGUCACCAGUGUCCCCCAUGAUGCCUUGCUAUUUGCACUUUCUUACCUGGACAUUCCUGACCUUCUCUCAGUAGAGAGAGUCUGCAAGACUUUGUGUUCAGCAGUUCGAGGAGAUCCUCUCCUGUGGAGGCACAUCCACAUAGGCCCUCCUUUGAGCAAGAAUAUAACGGAUGACAUCCUUUCACGGUUGACUGAUAGGACUAAAGGAAGUCUGGAGUGCUUGAGCCUUGUGGAAUGCUCACAAAUUACAGAUAGUGGCUUGAGACAUGUGCUAGAGAACAAUCCGAGACUAAAAAAGGUAGUUGUUGGAUUCCUAUCAUUGAUCACCCAUCUAUAUUCUUCGUACUAGUUUUCCCUUUUUUGUGUCUUUCCUUUAUUCAACUAAAUUUUGAAUUAAUUUUCCUCUUUUUUGUACCUUUAUGCUAUUGUGACUGUGCUUAUUAUUAUUCUACAUGUGCUGCCUUGAAUGUAUUUAAUAUCGUUUACUUUUUGUGUUCUUCCGAUAUUAUUUGAUUUGUAGUGAUGUUGUAGGCAUAACGCUGUAUAGAAUGACCAGUGUAGAUAAGGAGCCCAUGACUGCUCCCUCUGUAAUGCAGAAGUAUUAUUUUUCUUUUAUGGAGUAUUUUUAGUUGUAACGUCUAUUGUGUUUUUGGAUUCUUCAUUUAAAAAUUAUUUUCUCAAGGUUUGAUAUUUGCACGUAUUUUAGAGAUGUUUGACGUUUACCAUUUUAUCUCUUCAUGAGAGAGAUUUCUUUCUUGCCGUUUAUCAUAUUGAAAAUUACUUCUUGAAUUAUUGUCAAUCAGCCAAAAGUGUUUCAAGAUAUGAGCUAUAAACUGUUUAGGUUUUUUUGAUUGCUUUAUAUGCCUUGCAUAUAGUUUUACUCGAAGGAAUAGACGAUUAUUAACGGAGAGGAGUUAAUUUGUCUGCGGAUGUUACAUGCUUGGCUAAAUUUUGACUUAGAUAGUAUACAGUUUCAUAACAGGGUAUCCCAAGGAAAAAAAUGAUCUAUUAAUGCCGCGUAAGAUAGUGAAUUGGUGUCCUUGCAAGUGUUAAAAAUUGACGAGAUUUGUCAACCUCCUGUUGACAAUCCGCGCCAUGCUCUGGGGUAAAGUUACUGGUUCCUAUGGUUGAUAUUUUGAAUUUUGAGCAUGUCUUCUUAUUUUCUAUGUUAUCAUGAGUUAUCUUUUGCCAGCUAAUUGCAUAUGGCCUACAAGGUUAUUUCUAGACUUCUAAAUCCUUUAUCCCUGCCAGCAGUUUAUUGAGUUCAUUUGUUAAUUAAAUGCAUAGGGCGUAUUUUGAAGUCCAGACAUAUGAGCCUAUUAAUUAUUGCAAACGUGGCAUAUUAUGAGCAUCAGUCUUUCAUGUUAUUCAGAAAUAGACGAUUGAGAUAUGAUUUGUCACUGAGUAGAUGAGGGUGUUGGCCAGCUAGGUUAUGGCUUGUGAAUUCUGGCAUGGGCCUGGUCAUCUUCUUCAAGGCCCAGACUCUGUCAGACCCAGAGAAAAGGGGAAAAUAGACUACAGAAAAGACUCCUAUGAAGUUUGGGAUCGUGCCCAGCUGGUUGCAUGCAAUCACUAAGGAAUAUAUGGGUGGCGGAACCCCUGGGGACAGGGCUGGGGAGAGAAUGGGAUCAGAGAUUUUAGAUGCUUGCACACUGGACUAGUGGUCACUAGUGGAAAGGUGUUGAGAUCAUUUUCCAGCCAGCGUUAAAGGGGGGCGAGUACCACCGCAGGGGAAUGGGUUGGAUGCCAUCAAUGGCUGCUCAGAAAAAGAAAAGAAAUAAGUCAGGCUGAGCAUGCGUCUUUUGUGUUUUCCUGACUAGAUUUUGAAGCCAAAAGGUGAAAGCAUCUAUAAGGACUUAACGAUAUACUUUUUUUAAUAUUGAGUAUAUAUGGUUUGUUGAGGUUUCAUGAGCAUCAACGAAUGCCUUUAGCUCUAUAAUUCUCUUUGCCCAUCAACUUGUUGACAUAAAGCGCAGUGGGUGGUAGUCCAUACUCCCAUCUAUCCUAGAGAUGUGUGCAUCUUUAGGGCCAUGCCUAUGUUAAUAACUCCGUUAUUCAGUUUUUUUUUUUUUUUUUUUUUUAUCUUCUGUAUGGGGCAACAUCAAAGCUCGAAUCAUAAACCCUCAAUAUGUACAAAUGCCUUGUUUAUGUACAUUAUGUUUUGUGAUGACUUUGUUGAACACUACUCAUGGGUUUUGUAGACAGGGCAGUGUGUUAAGUAAUGGAUUUAGUUGGUGGGGAUAUAUGCACGCAAUUGUUUUCCCACAUUUGUUCUCUGGUUAACAUUUUUUUUAGAAUAUCCUCCAUUUGAUGGUCUGUAUUUUUUUUCAAUUAGCCACUGCUUUGUAAAUAUAAUAAUGAAACCCUUUGAUUGCAUAGCCGUAAUCAGUUACCGGAGUCUCUUGUCCAAUGAAAUGUUAUCCACUAUCAUGGAUGGAAAUCAAUGUCGAGCUUCUUCAUUGUAAACUAUAACGGAAGAGAAUGAAUAGGAUGUUUGAUGGCGAACGCUCCCAAAACAAAGUUUGUAGGGGACCGAGAUAAUGGUAUCGCCCUCUCCAUUUUUCCUUUUUACAGAAACAUCCCUCUCUCUAGACGGUAGUUUAGUGCCAUUAUCCAUUUUGUGAUGCAUAGAGAGGAAGAUUUCAGUUAUAAUUCCUUAUUAAAAUUGUUUUGAUCAUGCUUUGGUUGAUUGUUGUUCUGCUAUUGGUUAUAUUUGUUACAGAUCCUUAAGAUGAAAUCAUUAAUAUAACUUUCAAACCGUGUUCUUUUUUGGCGGGGCUGUGGGAUGAAAUGAUGGAUAAUCAUUUAAUAUUAGUGGUUACUCGGUUCAUAGUGUUGAUUUGAAGCCCUAUGCAUGUCAUCAAUGGUGUGAAUUCCUCUCAGGUUUAAGUUCCUUUGAGUGCAUACCAGAUUAGAUCCGAGUAUAACCCAAUGGUAAUUUGUUGGCACAGAGGAAAUACCUUUCUUGGCCGUUGUUCCAUAAAGGUCCUGGAAGCUUAAAAGUGCAUCUAGCUUCUUUUUACUUGCGUUUAUUUAUAUUGGAAUCGGGGGGAAUUGUGGUUUGAAAUCUUUUAUUUGAUGGGUUUUGCUGACUGAAAAGGCCAGUGCGUGCUUCAUUUAUGACUGAGAAAGCAUUUAAGAGUAAAAAGGGGAGCGUAGAAAGAAGGAAAAAUUGUAAGAGGCCUAUAAACUUCAUCUGACGCCCAUGGGAAUGAAAGGUUUGAAUAUUCGGUAAUCUUAUAAUAUCCCAGUGUUAUUCUUGUGUUCAUUUCAUGUCACUUUCUAUCGGUUUUGUCAACAAUGGCUCAUUUGUUCUAUUUGGUCUGGAAAGCAGUCCAUCUCUCGUUUCAUGUUACUUUCUACUUUAGAUUGUUGCUCAUCCGUCUAUCUCUGUUUGAUCGACCCUCUACUUCUCUUAACCGCAGCUGAAUGUUCCAGCGUGCACAAGGCUGAGCAUAGAGGGGGUUGUAGACAGCCUGAAGCUAUUCGAGUCCUCAGCCAGGGCUGGGAUAAAGAGCCUGGGCGUCGGCGGCCUCUAUGGAAUAAACCACGAACACCUUGAGGUCCUAACGCGGUUGCUGCGCCUGGAUCAAGGCCAAGAGCCCGGGGCCCGCAAGCCACUGUUCUACCACCUCCGCCACCUGACCUCGUGCGACCACAACCCCGCCCUCGACGUCGAGGAAUGCCCCAGAUGCCGCCACGUAAGGGUCGUCUACGACUGCCCCGUCAGUGGCUGCCGGGCCCAAGGCACAGAUCCAUGCCGGGCCUGCUCGAUCUGCAUCGCGAGGUGCAACCAGUGCGGGAGAUGCAUCCACGACCGCGAGUACGAGGAGACCUUCGCCCUCGAGUGGGUCUGUCUGUCCUGCAUGAAUCACCGCCCUUCUUCUUCCCCCGGCCAGCUGGUGAUGCACCAACGGAGCGACCCCAGCUCGGAGAUUGCUGCGGCGGAGUCGAGCUAUUGCUCUCUGGCCGGCCACGUGGGGUAA